AUGACCACAAACAUCAUCGAGUUGCUAAACGCAAUAUUACUCAACGAAAAAGAGUAUCUAGUGGCUGCCAUCUUCAAUUCAAUUGCAUAUAGGUUUGACAAAAUAUGCAGGAAGAGGUAUGCAGAGAUGAACAGUUCAAGGACUAUAUUUGUUCUCGAAGCAAAGAAGAUCUUGAGGGAAAACAUAACCAAGGGCGACAAAUUGUAUGUGAACAACAUAAAUGAAAGCACCGACAAAUUCACCGUGCUUGGUUGUGGUCCUUCUGCCAAAGUUAAUCUAUCGAAAAGGUCAUGUUCUUACAGGAAGUUCAACUUGGUGAAAUUGUCAUACGCUCAUGCAAUGGCAGCGUUGCGUUUGAAGCAUGAGGAUAAUUAUGGUAGUAGCACUUACAACUACUCUUCACCCAUUUAUUCGAAAGAAUUAUACCUCUUUGCAUACUUGGAACCUAUUUGUGUAGUACCUCUAGAGUCGGAAUGGAGCGUGGCACGAGAGUAUCUAGAAAUGCAAUUUCUUUCAUCCGAUUUUGAUUUCAAAGUAGAGAGAAGGAUGGCGAAAUAUGUUAAGGGUGUGUUGGAGUCUUCAAGGCCCAAGAAAAGGAACAAGUGCUCCAAGUGCAAAAGGCCGGGACAUAAGAGAACAACAUGUAGCCUUAACAUAGGAAAAUAG